AUGCGGGUGCGGGUGCCCGCCCGCAUGGCCACGGGUGUGCGGGCGCUGGAGCCGAGCGGGGCGGAUGGGCACCGGCGUCGGGUGACGACCGGGGCCGCGACGAGGCCGGCCGGGAACGGCACCGGCGAGGCCAGCCCAGCGGCGGCCUGCAGCAGAGGACGACGGGGGGGGGGGUCGCACGAGGGGGCGGUGGAGGCGGCUGCGGCCGGAGACGAGACCACGGCAGGGAAGGGAGCCAAGGCGGGUGCCGGCGGCUGCAGCAAAGGCGGGGAGCAGGGGCGGCCCCGGACGGCGGCGGCCCUGGCGGGUGCGGCCAGGCGUCGCGGGAUGGAGGCGGUGGUGGCCGGGCGGCGGUAG